AUGGGCACCAUGAGAUGGCUCCUUAACUUUCUGAGCCAUGCCAACAAGCAAGACGGUAUGGAGAAUCUUGGCCAAAACGGUGUCGUGAAGGCCUCAAGCGGUGGGUUUAAGAUGCCGUUGCAUUACCCAAAAUACACAAAAGAUGAUUACGAGAAGAUGGAAGAAUGGAGGUUGGAUUUGCUUCUCUCGGACUACGGGCUUCUUGCCUUCCAUGUCAACACUCUCCGUGAGAAGCGAGCUAUGGCGAUAGAUACUUUCAUAUGGCCUCAUCACUCGUAG